AUGCACAGUCUGGGCUUCUUGCUCUUCGUGGCAUCAACCCAAUUAGAAUUCGCAAAUGGACGUGGAAUUGUCGUUCCGUGGGCAGACCUAUAUCGUCCGUCGUAUAAACCAACCGUCGUGAUUAGUACAUGGCCAUUACUUGAACCAGCAAGAAGUGCUUUUAAAGUUCUUCAGAGCGGCGGAAGGCCUGUAGAAGCAGUAGUGGCAGGAUGUACAGUGGCUGAAGCUGAUCCAAACGUCACCAGCGUUGGCUAUGGCGGAUCUCCUGAUGAAAUUGGAAAUACGACCUUGGAUGCUAUGGUCAUGGAUGGCGACACUAUGAAUGUAGGUGCCGUAGCAGGAAUGCCCUACAUAAAACAGGCAGCCCAAAUAGCUUUAGGCGUCCUCAAUUCUACUCGGCACACACUUUUGGUUGGUGAGGCCGCUACAAGGUUUGCAGAAUCGCUCGGAUACCAUCGAACCAGUCUUAGUACAAAUGAGUCCCUCUCAAUUUGGCGGCAGUGGAAGAAUGCCAGCUGUCAACCGAAUUUUAGAAUCCCGUUUGCUUGGACACCCGAUCCAAACCAAAGAUGUGGACCUUAUCAUUACAAAAAUAACAGCAGUAACGCCCUUCGAGGUGUCAGACCAGAGUUGGGAAUUGACGAAGGGAACCACGAUACGAUCGGAGUGAUUGCUCUGGAUCAGCGAGGUCGACUGGCUGUUGGUCUGUCCACAAAUGGAGCUAGAUUCAGAAUUCCUGGUCGUGUUGGAGAUAGUCCUAUCGUAGGAGCUGGAGGAUAUGCUGAUAGCAAGGUUGGUGCCGCUGCAGGGACAGGUGACGGUGACGUCAUGAUGCGAUUUUUGCUUUCCUUCAAGGCUGUUGAGCUCAUGAGGGCUGGAAAACGUCCCUCCGACGCGUGUUCUAUUAGUCUCAAGAGUGUUCGUCAGAAAGGCACUUGGUAUGGCGCAUUGAUUGCCCUGAAUGCCGAUGGUCAAUAUGGGGCUGCGUGUGUUGGCUUCAAGAGCUUCGCUUUCGUUGUGCAAAACUCCCACUCUGCGAAGAAUGGCAAAAUAAUCAAUGUCAAAUGCCUGGCGUAG